AUGCAAGGCAUAUGCGACAGCAAUGGGAGAUUUGACGACGUUUUUACAGGCACCACCAGCAACAUCCACGAUGCCAGAGUCCUUAGGCUGUCAACAGUGAACGAGGAUCUGCCAACAAUCUGCCAAAUCAACCAGUACCACAUUCUUGGAGAUGCUGCCUAUCUAAUACGGGAACACCUUCUUACACCAUACAAAGAUUUUGGUGCCAUGACAGAUGCGCAGAUUGUGUACAACCACCUUUACUCUUCGACGCGUGUCCUGAUUGAGAACGCAUUCGGCCGCCUCAAACAGAGGUUCCGCCAACUGCGGUACAUUUAA